AAAUAAUAUUAAUUAUUUGGUUCCAGAAUUAUAUCGACAAAUUAGAGAAAAACAACUCAAAGGAUAUGACAAUCUUACGGUUCAACAAACAUAUUUUUGGUGGUCAAAAGAAUCCCAAAAAAUGUACUAUCGCAAUUCUGAUCCUUUUAUAUCAACAAAACUUUUAUUGAAUGAAUAUAAUCAGGAAAUUAUUAUUGAUAUAACUACUUCAACACCAGCUCUUGGAUUUCUUACUGUACUUUUUUAUCAGCUUCCAUGUAAUAAUUUUGAUGCAAUUCAAAUAGAUGCAACUUAUA